UUAUUAGCUUCAUCUUAUUUAGCAACUGAACCUGAAGAAUUAAAUGAUCUUGAAGAUAUUGCUGGAGAAUAUUCAUCCUUGAGCAACACAAUAGAUGAGCUGAAUAAUUACCUAGAUAGAUGGGAGCAACGCCAUGACAACCUGAGAGCACAGAUCCGGGAGGCUCUUAGUCAAGAAGAAAAAUCAAAUCAAGCUACACAGAUCAAUGAGGAAAAGACCAAUGAUGCAGACUCCAACCCUAAAAAUCCUAAUGACAGUAGCCCUGACUCUAUAUGACGUUUUUGUAGUAGAUUUGUCUUUCUGAUUUAGUGUAUAAUAAUCCAGUUCAGUAAAUAAAAGAAGUGUGUAAACAGAAACAUACUGUAUUAUAACCUGGUUUUUAGUCUCACUUGGCUGUGUAGUGUAUUGGUUAAAUCCAAUAUACAUUUGUUUGCAGAAUCUUUUAUAUCUAGCAUUCAGAAUUUAGUUUUCAAAGAGACUUUCUUGGCUGUGCAAUGUUUUGUUAAACUGAAUAUAUGUCAACAAUUACCCAAGUGUAUAUUUUAAAAAUAUUUUAGCAAUUGUCCAAGAUGCUUGCAGUAAACAGUUGUAAUUUGUUAUUCCGGCAAACUUAUAUAAGCUCGAUUCAUUAAGAGAAAUGUACCCACUGCUGUAAUGUAAUCAAGUUCUUAUUUUUAGUUUUUGACAGGUUAAUAAAUCAUAAUGGGACUUCUUUGUAGCAGAAAAUCCUCAGAUGGUGCAAGUUGUGGAUGACUGAA